GUAAGUUUCUCAAUUGAAAAUUUAGCUUUUCAAUUGAAACAAUUUGCAUAUUGUUUGAUUAAUUGUAUUGACUCUUUAUUUGGUUAAGCUAUUGAAGCUUUUGUCACCUUAAAUAGCUGAAUAACAAUUAAAGAAGUGACAAUUGAAAUAGUUGAAAUAAUUGUCAAUUGAUUUGGCUAACAAAUUAGGAAUAAAGUUGAUUCCAAGAUUCUUGAAACAUUCAAGUGGAAGCAAAACAAAGCAUGUAAACAUAGUGAUAUAUUGUAUAUAGAUUAGAGCUAUGAAUUCCUCAAGUUGAUUGAUCAAUCAUUAAUUUGUAAAGCUGGUUCAAGCUGAAUCAAGAUGAUCAAAUUGUUCCUCGAAAAUGGGAAAAAGUAGAUUAACAUAAUAAAAGGAAAAAAUGGGAACCCAUUAAGGAAGGUUAACCUAAUCACAGUUAGAUGCUUACCAAAAUGACAUGGUUUAUUCACUAGAAAUAUAAUGUAAUAUAAUGUAUAAAUGGAGAAGUGGUAAUACUUAAAGGAUCUAAAAAAAGUAGCAAAGAUGGUGAAGAUGCAUGAAGAGGAAUUUCAAAGAGGAACCAUGUUUCAAGUAAAAUCAAUAUUUACAAGGGCAAUCCAUUCCACCGAUUUUCAGUCUUUUUGUGACCUCCUGGUAAUAGGUCACUAAGAUCAAGCCAAGCCGGAUAUUAUUGUCUUAAAAAACAAAUCAAUUUGGGAAGACCUUCAGAUACAUUGGUUGUCUUGUAUCAUCUGAAUAACAUAAAUCAUAAAUGACUUGGAAAACAUUAUAAUGAUAUUAUGUGGAAAGACUUGACAUUCAAAUUAUACAUUGUAUCUUUGCAUGAGAUCCAUGAUGGAAGUCCUUUUGGUUUUCAAGCUUUGCUUUGUUUUGUCGACUUUGAAUUUGAGAUUUUGAAUCAAUCAAUCGAUUGUAACAAUGGUUAACUGUGGAAAUGGUAGUUGAAGCUCGGAAUAAUCAUCAGGAAUAAGUAUGCUUUUACCAAUCAUGAUUGUGGUGAGGAAGGAGAGGAAGCAGCAUAUUAUCACAAGAAAAGGUUGAUCACAAUAAAAAGGAUGAAGAGUAACAAAAAAAGAUGAUUAUUCAUUCAGUCCGGAUAAUCUGUUUUUAGUGUUAACUCAACCAAGUAAAACCCUUUUUCGAGGGCAUUUCAAAAGUUCUCAUUACCUAGAGAAAGAAAGAAAAAGUAAGAUGAUAGUGAUGGUGAUGAUGGAAGAGGCAAGAAAGAGAAUCAAACUUUCUUUUAGAUCUCUCCUUAAUUCGGUUUCAAUCGAUUCCAUUCAAGUGAUACCUGGAAUCAUGCGAAGCGAUAUUCAAUUUUUUUGGUUGUCUUUUUCUCUUUUUCUUCUUCUCGCUUUUUCGAUGAAAUGAAAAAAAAGAUGAAGAAGAAGGGCUGAAGUAAAAUUUUCUUCUUCUCUCUCUGUCUUCCAUAUUCAUUUUCUCCUCCUCUCUCCCACACUCUCCCAUUUACUCCCCUUCUUUGACUUGAUUCUGGUGUCGUUUCAGCGAAAUUCAGGAGCACUUUUCAUGUUAACUCAAUCAGGUAUAGUUAAGACAAUAGUAUCUUCCUAAACACAACACUACAUGUCUUCUGGAGCAAUCAUUUAACCAUUAAGUUAAUCGUUCAAAAAUUUUCAUUUUUGCUCUCCAGUUCAUUUUCAUCGUUAUUAUCAUCUUGCUCAUCCUCCCUUUAUUUGUCGGGCCCAUCAUUUUGCGUUAUCCCUGAAACAUUAUCAUCACCUCGCCAGUCUACCAUGUCAGUUGACUAAAUUCAUAUUCACCAGAAAACAUUGUGUGUCCUUUUCCCUUCAACUUGAUAUCUUUUGUCCUGUUUUGUUUAAACUCAUCAGGGAAAGUUGCUUUGUUAAUUAAUUCAUUAAUUUGGUGUAUAUCGGGAUCCAUAUUGAAAAAACUUUACAUUUGCUGUUAAAACCAAACAUCUUGUCUCUCUGGGAAUAAUGUACACCAAUCCAAACGGAGAUUCAAUUAUUUGUUGUUAAGUUAAAGGAACCAUAUAGUUGAAGUUUUACAUUAUUCAUCAGGAGCUAAUUGAGUUUAAAAUUUGUCCAAGAUCAUCAUUCAAUGAGAAUAAUCAUGAAAUCUCAAUGUUACCUGAUUUCAAUUAUUCUUCUAUUUACUCUCUCUGGUGGAUUGACUAGUUCAUUGAUCAUCAACGGAAAUCAAAUCAUUUCAAAAGAAUCUUCAUCACCUGGCAAUGUGAUUACAGCUUUACACACCGAGAUUACAUUAAAUUCAGGCGCACUAGCUAAUCGAAUCAAUCGUGGUCCUCAUUCUAGUGAACUUUACCUCAAUCAUUUUCCUCAUCGACCUCAUAAUACACCCUCUACAUCACAAAUAACAAGCAAAUCACUGGACUCUUCAAAUGUAGCCAUCAACCAGAGUGAAGUCAAUCAUUUGCUGGUUAAUUUAACUCAGAACUCGAAACCAUUGUUGGUAGACAAAAGGUUUGCAGAAACAGUAAUUAACACGACAACUAUUUCUCCAGAUAAUGAAAAAGUUACUGUUGUAACCUCAACAGCCUCUUCAAUUACUACACCUUCACCUUUGACUCAUAAGAAAGGUCUUUUACCUUCAAGCUCAAGCAGCACUAGCAAUAACAAAAGUAUAUUUCCAAUUAUAGCCGGAAAUAUAAUCGAUAAAUCUGAUUCAAUAUCAUCACGUCAGGUAUCACCGCUCAUCUAUUUAUCGCGUGAUCCUACAUCUCCAGACAAAUAUGAGGCAAGAGGGGAUACACUAAAUACUGAUGAAUCAAACUCUGAAUCAGGUAUUUUCAAUGGAACAACCAGAGGUUCUAAUAAUCUGGAGAAUGAUUUACCUCCUCGAAGAGGUCAACUUAGAGAAAUCGAUUCUAAUGGUGGCUCUAGUAGUGAAGCUAAUCCACCAAUCAACUAUUCAGACACUUACAACAGAAAUCGUUAUCACAACAUGCAACCUCCAGUGGGAAACUCUUAUGGAAUGUCAUCUCCUAAUGUUAACUCAUAUUAUAAAUACGGUCCAUCGUCUAAACCUCCAAGCCAUCCCAUGAGCUAUUCAGCCAUGUUAUCAUCUCCAUUCUCACCUUCUCCUUUAUCAUCUAACAUGCAUUCUGGAUCAUCGUACCCUGGUAACCCAUACUCAAGUCCCAUUGGUUACAGUUCUCAAUCGCAUGGAUUUUCAAGUCCAAAAAGUCCACCUGUCCCUUACCCAUUAAGACCGAUAAAUUCAAGUGAAAUCGAUGCUAUGGUCGCUCAACUUCGUACACAAUUGAGACCAAAAGGUUACACAGUAACAAACCAAUUCGCUAACGCUGGUUUGGGUCAUAAUAGGUAUCAACCAUUAACACAUGAUUAUUAUGCUUCUUCAUCAUCACGAGGUUCAUUAAGAUCAACCUAUCCCCUUGGACCCUCAUCAUCUCUACACAACUCUAAUGAAGGAUGGCCAUCAAUUUCAUCACCAUCGGUUUCUUCUGCUUCUUCUUCUCCAUCUUCCUCAGCAUCUCAAUCAGCAUCUACAAAUUCAGGUUCUUCUUCAUCAUCGCCAUCAUUUGGACAGUCUCCAUCACCUUUAUCAUCGUCCCAAUCAUCUGAAUCAGGAUCAUCAGAAUCGGGCGAUGAAGAAAGUGCAAAUGGUUCAAGUGGAGGUGGAAACAGUGGCCAAGAAGAUUCCGAUCAACCCUAUCAUACAAACAAUUAUCAAACAACAUCGAACCAAGAGAACACCAAUGAUGAUAAUGAAUCGCCAUCAUUCCCACAAUCAAAUAGUCAAGCUGCAACUGGUCCAACACCAACUGAAUUAUCAAGUCCACAAUUUACUGGCAAUAAUUUUGCAAGUAAUAUGUUAAAUUAUGGUAAAUUAACUGGCGAAUCAGGAGGUGGAAUGGGAUUAGGAGCCGAUUUUACAGUAACAAGUGGUCCUGAUCCGACAUCUGUAGGUUUUCCUGGUGGAUCCGAGGCAAUGAUGGCAGGCUUAGGCCCAGAUAGUUUCGCACACCAUUUAGGUUCUUUUCCUCUUGACUCUGUUCAAUCACUAGAUCCAAUGAUGGGUCCAACAGGAUUCAAAUCACCGCAUGAAUAUAUUCACAACUAUUAUGAUACAGAGCCAAAAGAAAAAUUCAGAUACGUUGGUCGACCAGGAGCUCAAGAGUAUUAUAACAAUGAAUAUCAACAAUCAAGUCGACCUUCACCAUAUGCCCCACAAAAUUCAAUGAAGGAAUUCAUGAGAGUUGUUGAUUCAGUUAAACACGUUGUAUACAAAAUGAAACCAUUAAAAACCGUGGCAUCAAAAAUGUACCGUGAUUUUACCGACAAAAUGAAAAAAAGAAUCAAAAGUUUCCGAGGUCCCCCAGGUUCAGUAAGCUCGAUUCAAUCGCCUCACCAUCCAAAUUCUCACGCUAAUCAUCAUCAACAACACCCUCAACAUCAUCAUCACCAACACUCAGUACCUUUACCAAACCCAGGCCUUGGUCCAAGUCAUUUGGGACCAGGAGGACCUUUCGGAGGGAUGCAAGGAAUCGGUGUUUCAGGAGGAGGACCUUUCUUUCAACAAGGCAUGGGAGGAAUGGGAGGAAUGGGAGGAUUUAAUCCCAUGGCAUUAACAGCCAUGAGCGAAAUGGCCGGUAUGAAGUUACCAGCUCCACCGGGAAUCGGUGGAUCCAAUGGCUUGGGAGGAUUAACAGGAGGAGGAAGACUCAAGGGUGGCUUAGCUGAUAUGCUGGGAGGAAAUUUAGGUGGUAAUAGUAAUGGAGACAUUUCAUCUCUAAUAAACCAAUAUCUGGGAAUGAAAGAUGGAGAAUCCAAUAAUAACAACAACAACAACAAUAAUAUGGAAGAUAAUUUAAUGGAUGAACUAAAUCAAGCUCUUAUUUCACAAUUAGUUGGAGGUUUAAAGUUACGCCGAGAAGAUGGUAAAAAUAGUCAAGAACCAUCUAAAUCAAAUAGAGGGCGAGAAGGAGAUCUAUUUGAUGAAGACACUGAUACUGAUAUCGAUGAUGAAGAUGUCAAAGAGAUCCAUAAAUUUUCAGCUGAUAGAAGAAGCGACAAAGAUCAAUCCCAAAAAUUAUUUAAUGAUACAGGAGCUUCUAAUAAUUCACAAAUUGUAAGUUCAGUUGGUUUAACCAGCAUUGAACAGUUGAUUAACUCAACUGAUUCUGAUUUCCAUAAUACUCAUGUAAAAAAUGAAUUGACUGAUGGACUAACUAUGGACUCAAACAAAUCUCCAGUUAGAUUAAUCAUCAAUGACUCACUUUCAUCAUAUACUAAACCAACAAACCAAAGCGAAUCAAGCAAAUUUGAAUCAAGAAUCAAAGAAUUGGAUUUCGAUAAAACUAAUGGAGCUUCAAUAAACUCAACGUCGAUUGAGCUGAGCUCUUCAGCUGAUAAACUGAUAGCUUUGGUAAAUUCAACUAAACAGGGUAAUAAAGAUAUCAAACGAACAAAGAGAUCAUCGCAAUUAUUCAUUCAACACGGAAAUUCUGAUGGUAGAUCAACUUUAAUAACUGAUGACAAGCUAUCAACAAUUGUUUCACAAAGCCAAAUUGUUUCUUUGAUGCCUAAUGGUAAAGGUAAUACUGAUAAAGAUUUACCCAGUUUGUCCCAACCCUUUGGCCAACAAUUAACUGAUACUCAACGAGCCAUGAUGGCUCAACUACUAACCUCAUCCAUUGACAAUGAUGAUUCAAGAGGGACACCAAUCAAAUAUUUGGACACAAAUGAUUUAGCUAUGUUUGACCAUUUUUCAACAAAUCAACUGCAACAUUUAAACUUAUCUGAUUCAAUGAUGGGAAUAAGCGAUCCUUCUGAGUUAUCAUUAAAACCUAUCUUUGUGUAUAACAAUGAUCAAAACCAGCUGAUGGAUUUAAUGAAUGAAGAAAUUUCCAAAGUUUCACCCUACGAGUCACAAUUUCCAACACUAAUCGAUUAUAUGACACCCGAUGGAGAAAUUAAAUCUGAUGAAAUUCUUAAAACAAAACUGUUGGAUUUAACAAACCCAUUCUCCUUUUCAUCUGGCAACUCUUUGAAAUCAUCACAUUUUUCUGAAUUAUCAUCUCUAACAACCACUCCCAAACCUGAUAUCUAUCUCAAAAUAAUUGAAAUAUCACCUGAUGAACCAUUAAUUCUUGAUUCUCCUGUUAAAUCCUCUCUAAAAUCAACAAUCCAAGGAUCUUCAAAGGAACAGUCGAAAGUAACAACAAUUAACAAGAUUAAUGAAAGAGUUCAUUUUCCACCGACAAAAACAACAGCUAAAGGUGACAUUAAAAAUGUCUGGAAACGUUUUCCUACUCCAAUUAUUUGGCCAAUCGGGUCAAAGGGUAACAAUGCAAAACCUAAAUCAUCAACAAAUCUUCAAACAAAAAACAAUUCUCUAAAUUUUGGAUUCAAACUCCCAAAAACACCUUUACCUUUACCAACAUUGAGUCCAAGUUUGAUUGAAACAAUUAAAAAAGCUCGACUCUUUUUCCAUCACCCAACAAAAUCUCCCAGUUUUGGGUCAAGAUCUCCAUCAUCACAACCCUCAUCUUCACUUUCAUCACAACCAAAAUCACCAAGUUCAUCAUCAUAUUCAUCAUCAUAUUCAUCAUCAUAUUCAUCAUCAUCUUCACAAUCUCCAUCAAAGCCACUUUCAUCUUUACCAUCUUACGGCACUUCACAAACAUCGAAUCCAUCAAAUCAACCUUUACCAUUCUCUCGUCCUCCGAUCAUAUUUAUCCUACUCAAGCCCAAACAAAAUCCAGCUUUAAAAACAUCACCGACUCAUCAACAUAAACUCUAUGAAAUGAUUAGAAAGUCAAAUCAAAAGCAAUCACCAUUCCUUGAUUUAUCAACCACUCACCAAGUUAAUCUAAGACCAAGCAACUCUUUCAAUCAGAUCAAUAAAGGUUCAUCAUCCAGUGAUGAUUCAAUUUCACGAUUAUUGUCUCCAAUAAAUCGUAAAAGUACUGAAAUAGAGUCAUCACUAAGUUUUUCAACUUUACCUCGUUCAUCUCAAUUGUCAUAUCCAGCAAUUAAACAAUCAACUCUGUCGUUAAACAAUUUUGAUCUUUCCAGAGCUGGUAAAAUGAUUGGUAAUUCUGCUCGGCUUGAAUCAAUUGAACCAUCUUUCAGUCCGUCCACGACAUCAUCUACAACAGUACCUUACAAUAAAUUGCAACCAACACCUGAAACACCCAAAAAGGCAUCUAAAUUUUUGACCGAUUCACUUUGGAUUCCAACACCGAGAAAGACUGAUGAUAAACCAUCCAACCUUAAAUACAGUCAACCCUUGGAAUCAGGAAGCACAAGUGAUUCAAAUAAGCUCAAAGAUUAUCACAAUAAUAAAAAAGAAUGGAUACCAAAAAGUUGAUUUGUUGAACUGUUAAACAAAAUUUCUGUGCCACCAGACAUAGUUUCAAUCAUUUAACUCUUUCUUCCCUUCCUCUUCAUUUCAUUCACGGAUAUCUUUGAAACAAACUUCAUACGCCAUUUGAAUCAUCCACCAAUCAUAAAAACAAUGAAAUUUUGUGAAUACUGCUGUUCAUUUAAUACUAUUUUUUAUCAUAUGGAGAUUAUUAUAAAUUAAAAAAGGUUUCUUUUUCUUGUUUA